GUUCUUAAACGAAAAAGAAGAAGCCGAAAACUUCUGUCGGAUCUGGAAGCUCUCUCUUUCUCUCGUUUCCUUUCUCGCUCCCGCUUAACGCUUCUCUUUGCUUAAUUAUUCUUCGUCUUCCUCUGGUUUAUUUCAAACGUCUCUUUUUGGUUUUUGUUGAUCACGGACGCUUUUCUUUGAUGGAGGUGCAAAGUCUAUUAAACUUUGAUUUGGAUCCUGGUCCAGUUGAUCAAUCUAUAUUGGUGUGGCAACAUGAGCAUAGAUCAGCUGCUAUAUGGGAAGAUGAGGUUCCUCCUCGUGAACUGACAUGUCGGCACAAGUUAUUGGGGAUGCGAGAUUGGCCUCUGGAUCCUCUCGUGUGUCAAAAGUUGAUAGAGUUUGGUCUAUAUGGAGUUUACAAGGUUGCCUUUAUACAACUUGAUUAUGCUCUGAUAACAGCUUUGGUGGAGAGAUGGAGACCCGAAACGCAUACUUUUCAUCUUCCUGCUGGAGAGAUCACUGUGACUUUACAAGAUGUGAAUAUUUUGUUGGGUCUACGUGUCGAUGGACCUGCAGUAACUGGUAGUACAAAAUACAACUGGGCUGAUUUAUGUGAGGAUUUGCUUGGUCAUAGGCCAGGUCCCAAGGAUCUUCAUGGUUCUCAUGUGUCCUUAGCGUGGCUGCGUGAGAAUUUUCGGAAUUUACCUGCUGAUCCUGAUGAAGUGACGUUGAAGUGUCACACUAGAGCUUUUGUAUUAGCUUUGAUGAGUGGUUUUCUUUAUGGAGAUAAGUCUAAACAUGAUGUGGCUUUGACGUUUCUCCCUCUGCUAAGGGACUUUGAUGAAGUGGCUAAGCUUAGCUGGGGUAGUGCUACUCUAGCACUUCUCUACAGAGAGUUGUGCCGGGCAAGUAAGAGGACUGUUUCUACCAUAUGUGGCCCUCUUGUUCUGCUGCAGUUAUGGGCAUGGGAACGACUGCAUGUUGGUCGUCCAGGAAGACUUAAAGAUGUUGGUGCUUCUUAUAUGGAUGGCAUAGAUGGUCCUUUACCAGAUCCAUUAGGCUGUAGGUGGAGGGCUUCUCUGAGUCAUAAAGAGAAUCCUCGUGGAGGACUGGACUUUUACAGGGACCAGUUUGACCAGCAGAAAGAUGAGCAGGUUAUAUGGCAGCCUUACACUCCAGAUCUUCUAGCAAAGAUUCCUCUGAUAUGUGUUAGUGGUGAGAACAUAUGGCGAACUGUUGCACCACUGAUUUGUUUUGAUGUGGUUGAGUGGCAUCGUCCUGAUCGGGUACUUAGACAGUUUGGUCUUCACCAAACAAUACCAGCACCUUGUGAUAAUGAAAAAGCUCUUCAUGCUAUUGACAAAAGAGGCAAAUCAGAAUAUGACUGGUCAGCACGUCAUAGUCGACAUAUUGGAUUGUGGGAGGCACGUGUGUCAUCUGUUGUAUCCGGUGAGCCAGAGUGUAGCCCAAUGGACUAUAAUGAUCCUUAUAUGGAGUGGUACCGCAGAAUUACUAGAAGAAUUAUUAGUCCUAUGAACGAGAGGCGCCCCGGACAAUUUCUACCCACUGGUUUUGCUUUCCAAGUGCUUGUUCAGAGGGUUGCAGCCAUUCAUGCUCGAUCUAGGGCUUCACUUGAGGAGGAACUUACUGUUGGCUCCGCGAGGCAAACAUUACAAGAUAUCGUUGAUAUGUGUGCAGGCGCCCUUCAACUCAAUGCGCCUUUAGGCUCGUUAUCUAAUGGCUCCGUUGCUCAAGCUCCAACUCCAGAACCAUUUUUGAUGUUACCUCAACCUACACCUACAAUAAUACCCCAAAAGCCGAUGGGUGGAGAAAUGGUAUGCUUACCAUUGAAUGACAUGGAGAUAGAUGAUGGUCUUGCAGCAGAACCGUUGGAACUGAUGCCACCUGUUCAGGAUAUAGGAUGUGAGCAGUCUUUAUCAUCAGUUUCCCAGAAACCUCUUUUCUGGCCGUCGGGAGGGAAACUUACUUUCAGCUGGGUUUGUGAAGUAAUGUUGGUGUUUGAUUGGUCGUCUAAGAAUCUCCCACCUUGUGAAUUUUCAAGUGUUCUGCCUUUUAAUGUCUUGGAUGAGCUGGUUCUCUUUGCUUCCAAAAUCCUGAAAAAAGAGCCAAACUGCGUUAGGAUAGACAGUGAGAAAGCAGAGGUCGUUGUGGUUGGAGAUCUACAUGGGCAGCUACAUGAUUUGCUGUACCUUAUGCAGGAUGCUGGAUUCCCGGAUGGUGAUCGGUUCUAUGUGUUCAAUGGGAAUUAUGUAGACAUAGGAGCAUGGGGUUUAGAAACUUUCUUGCUUCUAUUAUCAUGGAAGGUUCUUCUACCGGCAAGAGUGUAUCUUCUACGUGGCAGUCACGAGAGUGAAAGUUGUACAUCAAUGUAUGGAUUUAAAAAUGAAGUAUUAACCAAGUAUGGAGAUAAAGGAGCAGCUGUCUACAAGAAGUGCUUGGAGUGCUUCCAGUUACUCCCUUUGGCUUCUGUAAUUGCUGGAAAGGUAUAUACAGCUCAUGGAGGUCUUUUCCGUGAUGUAUCAAGCUUUCUUUCAGACAAGCAAGAACGGAACAGAAAACGCAAGCGAACUCAGAAAAAGCAAACGGAUAAUACUGUCCUUGACACUGAAGAUAGAUCUGAGUCCUUGCCUCUUGGCUCGUUGAAGGAUUUAUCCAAAGUGAAAAGACGUGUUAUAGAUCCUCCUACUGAAGGUUCAAAUUUGAUUCCUGGUGACAUUCUUUGGUCAGAUCCAUCGAAAGACACCGGCCUCUUUCUUAACAAAGAGAGAGGUAUCGGUUUGUUGUGGGGUCCUGAUUGCACCGCAAAGUUUCUACAAGACAAUAAUUUAAAGUGGAUCAUCAGAGGGAAGGGAGCCCCUGACGAAAGGGCAAAACGAGAUGACCUUGCACCAAUGAAUGGAGGAUAUGCAGAAGACCAUGAAGGGCUUAUAACUUUGUUCAGUGCUCCUGAUCAUCCUCAGUUUCAGGAUACAGAGGAGAGACACAACAACAAAGCAGCCUACAUAAUAUUACAAAUCCCUGAAUGUGAGGAGCUUAAAUUUCAACCGCUUGAAGCAGUAUCUCCGAGGCCAAAGGCUGAGGCGUACUACGACUUUAGACGCCUGAUUCAUCCACCCAGUAAUUUAGUACACAAUAUUACGAAUUCUGUUGAUUCACCAUCCUCAGUGCCUGAUGACAAAGAUAAUUUAAUAUCUUCUGAAAAUGUGGAAUAUAAGUCCAUGGAUCUCUCUGAACAGAUGGAAGUUGAUGAAAAAGAUGAUGUUGAUUCCAAGUACUCAGAAUCUAUAACUGAUGAAGUUGCAGCUUUUGGAACUCCAGCAUCUGGUGAUAGAGAUAUGGUUGAUUUUUCAGAUAAGACUGAAAAUGGUUCUAAAGAAGCUGACCAUUCCGAAACUGCAGAGAUUAGUAAAGAUUUAUCUGAUACAGUUGGAAAACCGGAGUCUUGCAGCAGAACAAGAGGUACAUAUGAAGCUAUCGGAACUGAUGCAAAGCUAAAAUCUAACACUCCUGAAGCUAUUAAUCUGGAACCGCAGCCAGGUUGUGAUCUGUAUGUGCCUGAUUCUGGAAAUUCUACAGAAUCUAGGACCGAAAAAGCUGCAGAAGAGGCUUGUGUUGGCAGAAUAAGCAUAGAUGACUGUAGCACCACUGGUGAUGCUGCAGUGGAAUUAGAAAUUACAUAUGAUGAGAAACUGGAUAGAGUGGUAACUGAAAUCACAGGGAACGAUGCAGCUGAAUGUAUGACAGACGGUAAUAGAGACAUAGCCACCGAUGGUGCUGAGAACUUGGAACCUUCGACUAGCAAACUUAAUUAUUCAGAGCCCAGUGAAGAUAUUGAUGAUUCUACCAUGAAGUUCAGACAUAAUACUAGCUGCGUUGCUGAUUCUGAUCUUGAGACUGUGAAUGGUGGGGUUAAUGCAGACUGUAGCAGUUCAUCGAAAUGUCUAACCAGCAAGCCAGUGGUGGCUCAUGACAAGUUUACAAAUCUUACAAAACCUUCUCAUGAUAAAGGUUAUGGAGAGUCUGCAGAUAAGCCAGAGAGAGUAAUUAAACUGGUUACAUAUUCUAAGCGUAAGUCAUCUGACAAAAAACACAUGAUUGAAUCUAAUGAAGAUCCCCAACAGAAGGUCAAUGAUUCUGUCGAUUCAAAGAACAAAGGUUCUCUUGACAAGUCACAAUCAGUUCCAGGAGAUAUGGACUCAUGAAAUCUUGUUCCACUGUCUUCUUUCCGGCUGAGAUGAUGAUGAACAGCUACAUGGCUUUGGAUGUGUCCUUAAAGACAAUGUACAGUGGACAGUGGUCAUAAUAGUCUAGCUGGUUCAAAUCCAACCGGAUCCGGUUUGCUAAUUUAAGCUUAGAUCAGUAGGGAGAUGGUGUAAACAUUAUUCCCCUUCUCUUGAAUUUUACUUUUCUCAAUCAAAGUUUAUGUAGUUUAGUGGUACUUUUGUAAAAAAGAAUUGAAAGUAUUAAGAAUUACAGUGUGUUUGUCUUUCAUCAUUGAAAAAUAAAAUUUGUAAACGGUAAACAAACAAAACCAUAACUAAUCCAACGGAGAGGCAAA